AUGGUUGAAGAGACACUCCAUACUAAAAAACAGGUUAAUUUGGAAGCUGUACAAAACUUGGCCCCGGUAGAUCGAGGAAAAAAACAGGUCCAAGAGCCAAAGAAGAACAAUAACCCAGGAAUAAACGCCAAAAUGGAAGACGAAUACAACCACUAUGAAUCAGUCUCAGAGGAGGAGAUGGAGGAAGACCACUUCCAUGAUAUUCCAGAUCAAACUUCUGAGAGUGAAUUCAUCAAAGUCAAUGGAGAAAAUCAAGGAGUUAUUACUAACUCUAAGGAAACCAUUACAAACGAGAAUAAUCUUUAUUCGGUUCAUAUCACACUAGCCACUGAAGGAACUUCUUUAGCUGAUAAGGACUGUUCCAUGGUGGAAAGGACUAACUUUCAUAUAUCCUUGGUGUAUGCCAAAUACAGGACUAACAUGAGAAGAGACUUAUGGGAGGACUUGGUUUCCAUCUCAAACAAUAUCCAAGGUCCCUGGAGCAUUGUGGAGGAUUUCAAUGUAAUUGCUGAGGUCGAGGAAAAGCUAGGAGGAACCCCAUACAGAUUGGAGAAGAGUUUUGAAUUCUUAAACUUUAUGGAAGAUGUUGGUGUCCAAGAUGCUGGUUUUGCGGGGAACAUAUUUACGUGGUGUAAUAACAGGGAUGCUCCGAGCACUAUCUGGAAAAGGAUGGACAGAAUGUUAUAUAAUUUAGAAUGGUUUGAUCACUUCUCCAAAACAACUGUGUCUCACCUAGCUAGAACCUGUUCUGAUCAUGCACCUUUGGUGAUCCAACUCUCUAGUGAGGAAGAAGAGUUUAAGAGAUACUUUAGAUUCCUUAAUACUUGGACAGAACACCCUCAAUUCCUCGAUACAGUUCAAGGAAUAUGGAACAUCGAAUGUCAUGGAAAUCCAAUGUGGGUACUUCAUCAAAAACUAAAAAAAACUGCUACUCAUCUCAGCACCUGGUCUAAAGCUACAUAUGUAGAUUUUUAUGAGGUUUCCAAGAGACUGGAAAAAGAGAUCAUAAACUUGGAACAAACUAUGCAGGCUGACAGGUCUCCAACUACAAGAACUACUCUCAACAAGAAAAAAGGAGUUAAGUACUUUAAAGGAAUAUUUGGUCAGGUCCCUGACUAUAAUGACUUCCAAGCCUUUGAGGGUAUCAACAUUACUAUCACAGAUGAUAUGAACCAUGCAUUGACAACAUUUCCAACGGAAGAAGAGAUCGGAAUGAACUUGAUGACCAUGGAUCCUGACAGUGCCCCUGGGCCUGAUGGAUUCACAGCUAGGUUUUUUCAGACUUGUUGGGGAGUGGUAACCCCUGAGGUUACUAAAGCUUUGCAUUCUUUCUUUUGUGGUGCUAGUCUUCCUAAGUGGUUUACUCAUACUAACAUUGCCAUGAUCCCCAAAAUUAAUCACCCUCAACAAUUUUCUGAUAUGAGGCCUAUUAGCCUUUGUAAUGUAAUUAGUAAAAUUUUCUCUAAAGUUCUGAACUCCAGACUUAGUAAGGUGCUCCCACUUUUGAUUAGUAAUAAUCAAAGUGGUUUCAUCAAGGGUAGAUCUAUUACUGAGAACAUCCUUCUUGCUCAAGAAAUUAUUCAGGACAUAGGUUCUACUAAUGUGGAAGGUAAUGUUGUUCUUAAAUUAGACAUGGCUAAAGCUUAUGAUAGAGUCUCUUGGCCUUAUCUGUGCAUUCUCAUGAGAAGGAUGGGGAGAUCUCUGGAGUUGAUGAUGAAAGUUUUGGGCAACUACGAGAAAGUUUCAGGACAAGAGGUUAACAAGAUGAAAUCUAGUGUGUCACUUUCUAACAAAGAACACUCUCAUUCUAAGCGAAGGAUUCAGGAGAUCACUGGUAUGACUUACAAAAGUCUACCAAUCAAGUACUUGGGUUGCCCACUAUAUGAAGGGCGGAAGAACAAUGCUUUAUUCUCUGGAAUGAUGAGUAAAAUACUUCACAGGAUCGGGGGUUGGCAAACUAAAUUUCUUUCAAUAGGAGGAAGAAGUGUUUUGAUUAAACAUGUACUGCUCUCACUUCCUGUCUACACCCUAGCAACAAUUCAUCCUCCCAUUGGUGUGCUAAACCAAAUAGAAAAAAUGUUUAACAGAUUUCUUUGGGGUGGUUCAGGUGAGAAAAAGAAAAUGCACUGGGCCUCUUGGAACUCGAUGUGCUAUCCAUAUGAUGAAGGAGGUGUCUCUUUUAGAAGACUUCAAGACAUUUGUAAAGCUUUCACUACCAAACAGUGGUGGACCUUAAGGGCAACUAACUCUUUAUGGAAGGAGUUUCUAAUGGCUAAGUAUUGCCAAAGGAUUCAUCCUGUGAUUAAGAGGUGGUACGCGGGAAACUCUCACUCUUGGAAUGCUAUGUGCAAAAUCAAAAGUACUAUGGAUCAAUAUAUACUAUGGAAAAUAGGCAGAGGAGAUGUCUCAUUGUGGCAAGAUAACUGGACAGGAUUUGGAGCUCUCUGGCAAUUUUUCCCUAAUGAUAGAAAACCAAGAGAGCAAAAAAUUUCUGAUAUCUACAUUAAUGGACAAUGGCAAUGGGGAGGUUGGGACAUUUUCAUACCUAAUCAUGUGAUGGAGCAUAUUCAUAGUAUGAAUGUAGAUUUGAACUUGAAUGUCGAUGAUAGGCCUAUUUGUACUCCAACGCAAAAUGGUUCCUUCACAAUGGCCUCGGCUUGGGAAAUUCAGAGGCAGAAGAAUGAUAAGAGCUGCUUUGAUUCCAACACCUGGUGUAAGAGAGUGCCCCUCAAGAUGAGUUUCAUCCUGUGGAGAGUAGUGAGAGACAGAAUCCCCACAGAUUCUAGACUCACAAAGAUGGGAAUUGCUAUGCCGUCAAGAUGUUGUUGCUGCAAAUCACCUCAGGAGGAAGAUGUUGACCAUUUCAGCUGCUCUGAGGAAUUUGCAAAAAAGAUUUGGUCAAUUCUUUGUGGAUCACUGGGGAUUCCUUUUGAUAACAUUUCCAUCAGAAUGUUAAUCAAGUUUUGGUGGACUUGGAAAACAAAGAAUCCAGUCUUGAACAUGCUAAUGAAAUGUAUCCCUGUUAUCACCUUGUGGGAAUUGUGGAAAACAAGAUGUGGGGCUAAAUACGGUACGGACAAUUACAACACAUGGAAAAGUAUUAACAAUAUCUCUUCAUCUUUAGUCCUGAUUCUUAAAGGACAGUUUGAGAAGAUUAAGGUAGACCCUGACUGGGAAUCAGUCCGUUACUUGCUGAUAAGCAACAUCCCCGACAAAAAAAUUGUUCAGGUUAAAUGGUUGAAGCCCUCUAACAGCUUUGUGAAGAUUAAUUCUGACGGAAGUUGUAAAGAUGGUUAUUGUGGAGGUGGAGGGGUGAUUCGAGACCACCGUGGGCAUCUUAUUUUUGCGUAUUCACUAAAUCUUGGACAUAGUACCAACAAUUGGGCAGAAGCUAAAGCAUUGUUGUAUGGAAUUGAAUGGCUGCAUAUCAGCCGGCUUUUCAUCAUUCUGAGGUCUGUUUCAGCUUCUGAAAUUCGAACAGCAAUGAGGGUCGACUCGAUAGUGCUGAGUUCGGGACUCCAUGGCACAUCCGAAAUGCAAAGGGAGGAGAUAGAAGGGAGUCCAAUGGACUCAAAUCAAGGGGGUUCAUGCAAGGCAAGAUAA